CUCCACGCGUGGGCGCCCACCCGGACCUGGGGCUUCGGGGCAGCGAGCGUCCCUCGCAUUCCAGGCGAGCCUCGGCGGCGGCAGCGGCGACUCUCGGAGGGUCCGCGGAGCUCCGCGGAGGCGGAUCUGUUGACAGAGACUCCCAAUAUCCUGGAGAAGUCAUGGCCCCACUGGACACAUGAAGAAACUGAAUCCCCGAGAGGAGACCUGCCCACACAGAGUGAGUGGCAGGGUUGGAGUUAGAAGCUGUGUGUGCUGGCUCCCAUCCCGGGCUCUCCUCAUUCUGCCUCGCUGACCACUGGGCCUUGAGAAGCACAUUCCUUGGAUCCAGGGGGGCCAGUGGAAACAUGAGCUGGGGAGCCACAGCUCUGAAGGCAAACUAACUGCCCCCCCUAGCCUGCCGGCCAAGGUGUUGUCAACCCUGGGGCUUUAAAAAAGUGAAAAGGGAGACCCUGCUGACUUGCAUCUCCUGGGCAGCCAAUGAACAAACAAGUAAUGCCCUGACACGUUGGGGAGCAGCUGGGAGAUGUUGGAGGAGGGGCCAGCAAAGGUGUAACCGGGCCCCUGCCCGCCGUGCCCAUGGCAACCACGAAGAACAAAUACCUGUUGCCUGGACAGGAGCGCCAGGAGUCAUCCAAACAUUGGGGCUGUUUCCCGAUUGCCCCCCUGACUAGAGCCCCUCUCUUCCCUGAGCCCCCCAAUACUUGCUGUCCCCUCAGGGUUUGGGGACUGGAGCAUUCCUCAGAUGAGUGUUGACCUGUUUUGGCAAACAUGGACACCUUCAGCACCAAGAACCUUGCCCUGCAGGCUCAGAAGAAGCUCCUCAGCAAGAUGGCCUCCAAGACCAUGGCCAGCGUGUUCAUCGACGACACGACCAGUGAGGUCCUGGAUGAGCUCUACAGGGCGACAAAGGAAUUCACCCGGAACCGGAAGGAGGCUCAAAAGAUCAUCAAGGACCUCAUCAAGAUCGUCAUGAAGCUAGGCAUUCUCUACCGCAACGGGCAGUUCAGCCCCGAGGAGCUGGCGCUGAUGGACCGCUUCCGGAAGAAAGUGCACCACCUGGCCAUGACCGCGGUCAGCUUCUACCAAAUAGACUUCACGUUUGACCGGCGGGUCAUGGCCACCACCCUCCACGAGUGCCGAGACCUGCUGCACCAGGCUGUCAACACACACCUGACCAGCAAGUCCCAUUCGCGCAUCAACCAUGUCUUUAACCACUUUGCAGACUUUGAGUUCCUGGCAGCUCUGUAUGGACCCUCUGAGCCCUACCGGUCCCACCUGCGACGGAUCUGUGAUGGGAUCAAUAAAAUGCUGGAUGAAGACAGCAUAUGACCCUGGAAACUACAUGAAACACAGGGGCAACCAUCCUGCUCUUGGCUUCAGAGGUGGGGGAGAUGUGCUUCUUAUUCCUAUUUCUAAUAUUUCUCCCAAUCUGAAUCUAGCCCACCUGACUCCAUCUUCUCCCAUUCCUGAUGGGAAUUUGCAACCCACAGAAUCGUUUUAUCAGCAGGUUUCACAGGCCUCGCCUCCACUUGUGUAGGAAGCACUCUGGGGAAAUCAAGGAGCCCAAGGCGGAGUUUUUUGCUCCAAAGAGAGAUGCGUUUUCCCAUGGAGAAUAUGGUGAGGUGACUAGAGGCAAUUCAGGUGUCCAUUAGUUGGCACCUCAGCUUCAGGGAGUUGACCAUGCGGCCUAAUGUAUGUCCCAUCCUCCGACUUGGUCUGAAUGCUCAUGCCUGUGUGUAGCUCAGGAACUGCCCUGUGGUCUUAGGAGAUCCAACUGCUUUCACACUCUGAAAGCCCAGUGUAUGCAGUCCAAGAGCUGGCUAGGGAAAACCUACCACACAGGAGCAAGACUCCUUCCCACUCACAGUGUUAACAGGACUUUGGGUUUGGUUCCUGUGAAGCUAGUCAGGACUGAGAAAUUUAUUCAGCAAAUGAAGGGAAAGGCCUGGGAGUGCCAGCACACACACACACAGGCUUAGCUGCUGUUUGUUUGCAAGGCCUGCAGAAGGUUCAGGGAGGUGGGUUGGGUUUUUUUUAGGACUUAAAAAUUUGUAAGAACCAGAUCUCUCUGGUAUAUCUCCUUGGGCUAAAGAGACAGCUUGCAGAGGGAAGAGAGAUACCGCUAUUGAAGAGGGAUUGAUGGUUCAUCUUACAUGUCCUUUUUUGAACUCAGAGGCAUAUAGUUGUUUGUCCUGUGGUAUUUUUCCAUCGUGGCUGGGACUCCCUUUCUAUGUGUGGGCAAAAGGCCCUGACCACCACCAUCCUCAUCCAUGAGAUGCAAAUGAAUCUCCUAGACUGGGGAAUCUUAAUUUCCAGUGAGAUCAGAGAUGCAGCUUCAGACCAAAUGACAAAUGGGCACUUUGGUUAUCCUAAGAGGAACCAGGAGGUUCCCAAAUGACAUUCUGUCCUAUCUAUCAAUAUAAUUGUGUUUGUUCUUUGGUCACUAUCCAAUCUGUCCUUGGGAUUUCAUGGGUUUGGGAUUCAAUUGUUUUUGUUGUUUGUUUUUUUUUUAAAGACAAAUGAUACUACUGAGCUAUUUAAAUAAAAUCAUAUACCUUCUACUUGG